CCGAUGUACACUAUGUGCGCGCCAAGUAGAUAAGCCCCCCAAUCAUAUUAAUCUCCCCAAAAUUAUCCAUAAUCCCUCACAUUUUGGUUAAGCAUUGAAAAAUAAAAGUAAAAAUUUGUUUAGGGUUUAAUUUAUCGAUGAAAGGGGAGGUUCAGCUUGAAGCAGUGAAUUACAGUGAUUCGGAUCCUUUAUUAGAAAACAGUAAUAGGGCUGAUGAUUCAUCGUCAUCAGAAUCAACAUCAUCAUUAUUGCCGGCGGUAAGAGGAAGUUCGAGUGAGAUUGAAGAAGGUGUUGAUAAUGAUGAUGAUGAUAUCGAGAAUGGCGGUGUUCCUAGUUGCCGCAUUUGUCUCGAGAGUGAUUGUGAACCAGGUGAUGGAUUAAUAUCUCCUUGCAUGUGUAAAGGCACUCAGCAAUUUGUUCAUCGUUCAUGUCUUGAUCAUUGGCGCUCGGUUAAGGAAGGAUUUGCUUUCUCACACUGCACAACAUGCAAAGCCCAAUUUCAUCUUCGAGUUGCACUGUUUGAAGACAACUCAUGGCGUAAAAUGAAAUUCAGAAUUUUUGUGACAAGAGAUGUUAUAAUUGUAUUCUUGGCUGUACAGACCGUAAUUGCUGCCAUCGGUGGCUUUGCAUACCUGAUGGACAAAGAUGGCGCCUUUAGAAAUUCAUUUAGUGAUGGCUGGGAUCGAAUCCUUUCUAAACAUCCUAUACCUUUUUAUUAUUGCAUAGGGGUCCUGGCAUUUUUUGUGCUUCUCGGGUUUUUCGGCCUCAUAUUACAUUGCUCCUCCCUGAAUAGUAACGAUCCCCGUAUGGCUGGCUGCCAGAACUGCUGUUAUGGAUGGGGCAUUCUGGACUGCUUUCCGGCAUCUAUGGAGGCAUGCUUUGCGUUGGUUUUAGUUUUUGUUGUUAUCUUUGCAAUUCUAGGCAUAGCUUAUGGUUUCCUUGCUGCCACCAUGGCCAUUCAAAAGAUCUGGCAGAGACACUACCACAUUCUUACUAAGCGAGAAUUGACAAAGGAAUACAUAGUAGAGGAUCUUCAUGGCUGCUAUACACCACCAAAAUUGGAUCCAGAGCACGAAGAACGCCUGAAAAUGCUUAAGUUGUUGUAAUAAUGUGAUUGUUGGUGCAGUUAUAAGAUAUUAUAUGAAGUGUAUCUAUUUUUUUUUUAGGAUCUUAAAGCUGCCAAAGUGUUUCUUACAGAGAUAAAAGAAGCUGCGUUUUGAUUUUGUUUGACAAACUUAUUUUAAUACAGCAGGAUGAAAGAAAACUUUUUCAUCUCUAUGCUAAUGCUCUGUAACUUACGAACCAGAUAUUUUCGAGCUACUGCAAGAUAUAUAUAUAUCGAUUUUUGAAA